UUCUUAACCGGAAGAGGAGAGGCUGCUUCCGUGCCAAACCGCCCCCGUCCGCCCCUGAUUUUUUCCGCAAACCCUCCUCGCUAAUAACGGCGCCGGUGGGCGGAGCCGGCAAUCACCGCUCGCCUUCCUCCUCGAGGCUGCCGGAACCCUAGCCCUCCCCGCCCGGGGGUCGCCGGCGGCUGGGGGAUGUACCCGUCGGGGGCCGUCGUGGGGGCGGCGCCCGCGGCGGCGCCGAGCGCGGCGGCGCGGGUGGACAAGGCCACGAGCCACCUGCUCAUGGGGCCCGACUGGGCCGUCAACCUCGAAAUCUGCGACAUCCUCAACGCCGACGUCUGGCAAACAAAGGAUGUGGUGAAGGCAGUGAAAAAGAGACUGCAGAACAAGGACCCAAAGGUUCAGUUCUUUGCUUUGACGCUUUUGGAGACAAUGAUGAAGAACUGUGGUGAAUAUGUCCGUUUUGAAGUUGCUGAACAGCAUGUUCUGCAAGAAAUGGUCAAAAUUAUUCAGAAGAAGAAUGAUAUGCAAGUAAGGGAUAAAAUAUUAUUACUUUUAGACUCCUGGCAAGAGGCAUUUGGUGGACCUGGAAGUAAAUACCCGCAAUAUCAUUGGGCAUAUCUUGAAGUAAAGACGACAGGUGUAGUGUUCCCAAAAUGUCCUGUAGAUGCCCCACCAAUAUUUACACCUCCUGCUACACAUAAUUCUAGUUCGCCCAGAUAUGCUACAGGAAGUCUGAGUGACAGAAUGUCCUCAGAUGUUGAGACUCUGAGGUUAUGCCCCUUUCCUUGGCGUAUUGGACUCAUUUCGCAUUUUCUUGCCCAGUUAAUCUGUCUCGUGAUUUUAACAGUUAUUUUUUUUUACAGUUUAGGGGACUUGAAUAAUAUUCGAAAUGUGACAGACCUACUGAACGAUAUGGUGCAUGCUUUAAACCCAUCUGAUCGCACGGCUGUUAACGACGAAAUUAUCACAGAUCUUGUGACCCAAUGUCGCUCAAAUCAACAAAAGCUUUUGCAAUUUGUCAGUUCAACAGGGAAUGAGCAGUUACUAAAGCAAGGACUGGAGAUAAAUGAUUUCUUACAAAGUGUAAUUUCAAAGUAUGAUGCUGUGGUUUCUGGUGCUCCUUUGGCGGUUGAAGCUCCAGUGAGAGAGACAAUUGAGACUCCUAGGGAGGCUCCUGCAGUAAAACCAUCUGCACCCCCUGAAAAUAAUGACAUUGCUGAUGAAGAGGAAGAUGAGUUUGCGCAGCUAGCUCAAAGGAAAAACAAAUCUGUAGUAAACAGCGAUGAUGCAUUAUCAAGCACUGGGGACCUCGCCCUUGUACCCAUUGAUCCAGUGGGUUCGGAGUCACCAUCUUCUGUUGCAAGCAAUGCAUUGGUUCCUCUUGACCCAGCUCCUAGCAGCAGCACUGAAUCAAAAGAGCUGGAUAUGAUCGACCUCCUAAGCCUCACCUUGUGCAGCCCCACUCCUGAAACCUCAACAGAUUCUCCAACACAGAUUCAAAAUGGGCCUCAGCAACCUACCAUUACCAAUAAUCAAAAUGGGCCUCAACAACCUACAGUUAUAAAUGGGCAACAAUAUCCUUCUGGUGUGCCACAAUACCCUUCAAACUACCAACCUCACACAACAAACCAGGUAUAUGCUCAACACAACAGCAAUUAUGUUGCACCUUGGGCCCAAACCGGAGCAUAUCCACCUCAGGCUCCAGUUUAUGCAUCUGGAUAUGGCUACCCUGCACCGCCCUGGGCUGCACCUACACCUCCAGCUGUUGAUUCUAAUCCUUUCCUUUCGGCUAAUUACCAAGAUCCACGCCCUGUUACUUCUGUUGCUCAGGCAGCCACCUAUGCACCUCCCCCAGCUUCAUAUCCCCCUUCUUCAAUCUCAAAUGCACCAUUUGCAACCCCCCAGUCAAUUCAGCAUAAUAGUUCUGUGGGUUCUCCACCAAGCAACGGGCUGACUGCCGCUCUAGCCCAAAUGAACUUGAAUCAACAACCAAAAGAUUCUUCACAAUCCUCUAGCAGACCAUACUACAUACCUGACAAUCUAUUCAGCGAUUUGAUUGACGUGAAGAGUUUCAGUGGUGGAAAUAAGAUUGGCGGGCCCUCUACCAUGGGUAGCUCAAAUGGUGGUCAGCCGAUGAUUGGUGGAAAAAAAUAGCCAAAUAGGGUCGUUUGUCUAUACGGCUGGUGGUGAUUGGUUGCUGCUGCUUAUUAUUUACUGUUACUUGGUUCGAUGUACAUUUGCUGUAUAUCACCGUUGCCUCGUUUGGUUGCAUUGGUUGAUUCGUGGGUGCUACUAUUAAGUUAAACUGAGAUGUAGACGACACUUGAUGUACAUAAAUGAUUAAUAGCAUUUCUCCAUUGCAGUGGACGGUAGUGACGAAAUCUGUUGGUAUCUGAA